GCCAGCGCAUGCGUACUAGUAACUCCCUGCCCCCUCCCUCCCUCCGGGGUGAGGCCGGGGGGAGGAGGCACCGGGUCCGGACACUGAACCACGACAGGCCGGGGACCGAGGCCUGAGAAGAGGCCUUAGCACGGGGAGAGGCGGUCCACAGAACCGGCAGCAAGAUGAUGCGGUUUAUGCUGCUGUUCAGCCGGCAGGGGAAGCUGCGCCUGCAGAAGUGGUACGUGGCCACCUCCGAGAGGGAGAAGAAGAAGCUGGUGCGGGACCUGAUGCAGACGGUGCUCACCCGGAAACCCAAAAUGUGCAGCUUCCUGGAAUGGAAGGAUCUUAAGGUGGUAUAUAAAAGAUACGCCAGCCUGUAUUUCUGUUGUGCCGUAGAAGAUCAGGAUAAUGAGCUGCUGACCCUGGAGCUGAUCCACCGAUACGUGGAGCUACUGGACAAGUAUUUCGGCAGCGUGUGUGAGCUGGACAUCAUAUUUAACUUUGAGAAGGCUUAUUUUAUCCUGGACGAGUUCCUGAUGGGGGGCGAGAUCCAAGACACGUCCAAGAAGAGCGUCCUGAAGGCGAUAGAGCAGUCGGAUAUGCUCCAGGAGGAGGAUGAGUCACCGCGCAGCGUUCUAGAAGAGAUGGGACUGGCUUGAUACACAGAGGACCUCUCCCUCCCUUCCCUUUAUUUUCAACCAAAUUCCUAUUUACAUUCCCCUUCCCAAAAUUUACCAACACCCCCCCCCCUUUUUUCUUCUUUUACAAUCACUGCAAGACCUCCCUUGUCCACAUGCCCGGCGGCCACCCACCUGCGCGCUGACCAUUGCCGGCUCGGACCCGCCAUCGCUCUGUGUCUACACCUACGUAGCUGCUUGUCUUCUCUCUGUACAGUUUCCAAGCGAAGAUGAACGAAAGGGACCAAUUGCACUUUCUCAAUCAGCUGCCCCCGUACCCCCCCCCCCCCCCGCGCCCUACGGAACACGUGAUUUAGACAAUAAUUUUACGUUUUUGUACACAGUUGGUUGCAACACACACUAUACUGAUUUUUAUUAUUUUCAAUUUUUUUGCACAUUUUUUGGUGUUGGGCACUUAAUCUGUCUUUCAUCUUGAAGUCUCUCGCUCGCUGACUGUCCGGGUUCUCCGUAAAGAUUCUGGAUAGGUAGGAGGGAUAGACGUGACCAUCGUGAAUCACUUCUUGCCGUCGGCGUCCCUUUUGAAGACGUACAUGACACCCCCUCUCCUUCCCACGACCACAACUGCACGAACUUCUGGAAUAAAACAUGAGUGCUGCUAAAUGA